UAAUAUGAAAUGUGUUAGCUCGUGCGUUUGAUUCGCAUGUCGCACGGUACAAAAAUUUCUGCAGACUAUUUCCGAAUAUUAUCGGGUUAUUCUCGAAUCCACAGCCACUAUCAGCCGGAGUUUUUGGCGCCGCAAAAUGGAAGGCAUUUACGUAAAGUACGUGAAUCAAAAAGUGAAUAAGAUACGAUGGCGCCCGUCAGAAAAUCCUUCACUGGAACAGUCAAAUACGUUUGCCACGGGCAGCUGGGAUGACGAGGAGAACAGGGUUGGCUUGUGGACGCUGUCCCCCAGUCGCCGCGAUGACGACGGCACCGACGUCGAUCCUUCGCCGCUUGCCGUCCCGGGAGAGAUGCGGUCGUUGUGCUCCGUCGCGCACCGCGGCGACGUCACCGAUCUACUGUACUUGAAGAACGACCUCAUACUGGCGGCUUCCUCCACCGGCAACGUGACGUUGUACAAGCAUCAUCAACGUUCCGAGACACUAUCCGUGCAGAUAUCGUACGAGCGUCUGCACCGUUGCCCGCGGCGACGGUCGCCAUGCACGGGUCUCGCGCACCGCGAUGGAGAGGUGGUCACCGUGGGAGAGGACGGCAGAAUCAACCUGCUGGACAUCGGUCAGCAGGCCGUUGUCCGGUGCCUUGACGAAGCUGACAGUUGUGCGAUCAACGCCGUCGCGUACACGCGUCAGAACGAGAUCGCCGCGACCAACUCGACGGGGCAGCUGCGCACCUGGGACCUCCGCCAGCCAGGAGAUGGAGCCACACGCAACCUACACAUGACCGGAGAGCGACUGCCACUCAACUGCAUCGACCGACAUCCCACGCAGCCGCACGUCAUCGCCACCGGAGGGCAGCACGGGAUGCUCUACGUCUGGGACCUGAGGCAGGAGCGCUCGCCGACCCUGCUCUCGGCGCACUCUAGUGACAUCUGGGAAGUGAAGUUUCAUCCGACGCAUCCCGAUAACUUGUUCACAUGCUCAGAAGAUGGCAGCACCUGGCACUGGGACGCCUCCUUCGUCAAGGCAGCCCUGCAGGCCGGUAAAAACUUCCGUCGAUUUCUAAAAUCUAGUAGAUGGCUUACGAUUUAUAGUUGGAAUUCAUCGGGUUUUAAUUGUAUUUCGGUAAAAGAAAUUCUGCAAUAGGCUAUGUGCCACCAAUUACCAGACCCCUCCACUCCCAAAUUC